CUGCUUCUCUGGUUUCCUCUUUUGGGUGUUAGCUACUUGCUGCUGAUGUUAUUUAAUGUAUUAGCGCAAUUCUUUCUGACGUUGCUGGAAUUUUGACAGUUUUAUCCGGGAUAUAUAAACGGCUAAAACUUUGAGUCUACCAGACUUCGAGCAGUUGCAAAUAUGGAAAAAGCGCCGCUGUUACCAAAGCGUUAUAACGGAUGUCAUCCAAUUAAUUACGAUGCUACGGUAACGUCGGCCUUCAUUAAACCGGAUUAUGUACAAGGAAACCGGAAAAGUGGGAAUCAAAGGUCAUGUGCAACAUCUGAAAAAACGAAUAGCCGAGUCAACAACCGAAUCAAGAAUCUUUUGGCACAUCCAUUUGGAAAACUAGCUGAGCUGACAAAACGCGAACAUAAAACCGGUGUCCGGAUACAUGUAAUAUGUAUCCGUAGGAGCGCGACCGAGGUGGCGGGGCAUUCAUUUACGUCUGACGAGUCUCCCCAGGCUUAUGUUGCUUCAUGGCGGAAAUGUAGCGUGAGUCCAGAAGCCGUCCAGUUCGACAAGCCAACAGCGAUGUUAACGCCAUGCGACCUUUCGCGGAAUGUCUGCGGACAUUAUGACAAUCCCCUAUACAACCCGCCAUUGUCGGAAUCUGCAUCGGAACCUGUAGAACUAACGAGCUUGGCCUGGUUGACCUUUCCUGUUCGCACCGGCAUCGCCCACCAGACCAUUGCGGCCUUCGCUGUACAAGCAAAUCCACAGUGCACCGGCUGCUUGGAACUUGUUGUCCAUCAAUUGUCCAGUGCCAACUGUGUCGGUGACAUCACCACCCGGAUCGUCGCCGCUCGCCACUUUGACGGAGCACGCUUCGUUAGACUCCGAUCCCAAGGCUGCGAGAAGCCGUCCGUCGCGGUAUUCGCCGACAUUGCCUUGCACAUUCCCGGUCAAUACGCGAUUGAAAUCCGCUCCGUACGACAUCCAGAUCGGUUCUCAUUGAUUUACGACAUUCCCGUUACCAUAGAAACUCACAAGGAAUGGACGCGAAGGAUGUCCGGUAGUGACGACGCUGACUAUACCAGUUCGACCACAUCCAGCGCGUCCAUUGAUGCAGCGAUGACUCCAAGUAUUUCAUUCAGCAAGUGGUACUGCGGCAUUUUGGGAACUCAAGGAUUAUGAGUGCAACAGUUUACUCAUUUGUUUAUGCUGUACGAAUUUAAAAGUAUUUAUUGGAACUAUUAUAUUUCAAGUUUUAUACUCUUUGUUUAAUUUCCAAAUUAGUCGGUUUAUUGUUCGUUGCGCAUGGCACUGGGGAUAUCACACUCACACAUAUGUUGCAGUACUACAAGUAGUAAUUAAUGCUGCAAUUCCCACCACGGUGGUCCACUGUAGAUUGUGGUCCACAUUAUGAUUAUGACCACUGUAGACUGUGCCAGUUUUUGCAGUUUUAAUAAAAUUAAA